AUGGCUGACGACAUUUCUCGCCGUUGUUCCCUCCCUGUGCGAUCCCUCUCCAGUGCAUCCAGCACGGCAGACAUGAGCGAGGACCGCCGCUUGCCCCCGCUCCCCCGCGUGGAGCCCUUGCCCCGAGGCCCCUUUGACCCAUUUACUUCCAACAUCGGUGCCACCACCAGCUCUCCAAGCUCCCAGGAUGCAUUUCCCGUUAGGUCGCCGUGGCCUGAAGCGGAACACAUCGUGACUCCCCCAUCACCAGCAACCUCGGCCGACAGUUCCUGGCCAGAAUCCGUUCAGCCACAAAAGGCCUUUGAGUGGCCGCAAGAGCUUUCCCCUGCAGAACUUUUGAACCUCAUCGCCCCCAAGCACAUCAACCGCAAGCCGCCGUUGCAGCAGCUGUGCGGGCGAAAGCGCAAGGAAAGCAUGGUCUCUGCGGAUUCAGACGAUCAGAGAGAAAAGCACAGAAUUGCAGAGGGAAACCGACGGAAGAACCUCAGCCAGCUACAUCGUGAGUUGGACAGCCGCAUCCAUGAUUUCUUCUUGGAGCGCGCUGGCUGGAACCCAUCCAAGAGCCUACCAGAAUCGAAGGAACAUAUUGUUCAGGCCGCCAUCUUUCUCAUCGACUUCAUGCUCCUGAUCAUCAUCCACUUGAUCCGCCAGGAGAAUGAGAUGCCUCGUCAACUGUCGGAGAAACUGGAGCCCCAGAUCCGCUGUAUGCAGCUGCAGCAAUUGGUGUCCAGCCUUCAGCAGCAGAACCAGAGUGCCCAGCAGCAGAUCAAAGCUCUGAAGCAAGAGAACCAGAUGUUGGAGGAGCGCAACCAAGCACUCGAGCUUCAGCUAAAGUCAUACGAGCACAUGUUCCGAUCGCCCAAGAGCGAGCCCCUGACUUCUCAGCCGAUCAUUCAUCAUGCUGAGGUCAAGCCACGCAACAUGCUCCCUGGGUUGCGGGUAUUUUGCGACGAGAUUGCCGCCAGCAGCCCCGAAUCCUCUCGGCUUGAGUCUCAUCCCACAGCGCCAGCUUUCACUUUCGGACAUGCAUACCUUACCCAUACUCCUUCUAUCACGCGGUCCUCGUCGCCAGUGUUCGCACACGGGCCCCACUCAGUGCCUGUAUCACGGCGCCAAUCCAUUAUCCCGUCGCCAUGA